AUGGCAUCCAUCGCCCGCUACAGUCUCAUCUUUUACGCACCGCCCGCCGCCGUCGAAGCCUGCAAGGCCGCCAUCUUCAAGGCCCGCGCAGGCCGGUACCCCGGCCCGGGAAACUACACCGAAUGUUGCUGGUCCGCGACUGGCACCGGCCAAUUCCGCCCCGGCAACACGGCCAACCCGCACAUUGGAAAGGUCGGUGCUCUCGAGCAGACGCCCGAGGCCGCCAUCUUCAAGGCCCGCGCAGGCCGGUACCCCGGCCCGGGAAACUACACCGAAUGUUGCUGGUCCGCGACUGGCACCGGCCAAUUCCGCCCCGGCAACACGGCCAACCCGCACAUUGGAAAGGUCGGUGCUCUCGAGCAGACGCCCGAGGUGCGCGUAGAGACGCUGUGUGUCGGACUGGAUGUUGCCAAGAGUGCUGUCGCGGCACUCAAGGAAGCGCAUCCUUACGAAGAGCCGGCUUACCAGGUCAUCAAAUUGGAGGAUCUAUGA